UAUGUAGAAUUUCCUUAUAUCCUGUUUCUGACCUUCUAGGGUUUUAGACCUAAUCGCCUCCGCUUCGUUGCUUCUUUCCCCGUCCCCUCCCUCCCCACUCUCUCCCCGAUCCAUCGGGUUCCGCCGGCUUGAAGACACAGCUGAGAAGCUGGGAUGAGUAAGCUCCAGAGUGAUGCGUUGAGGGAAGCUAUCACUCAGGUCGUUGGUGAGGCAAAAGAGAAAAAGCGGAAGUUCACUGAGACAAUUGAGCUUCAAAUUGGCUUGAAAAACUAUGAUCCGCAGAAGGACAAACGUUUCAGUGGCUCUGUGAAAUUACCUCACAUUCCCCGUCCAAAAAUGAAAGUUUGCAUGCUUGGAGAUGCUCAGCAUGUGGAAGAGGCCGAGAAGAUCGGACUGGAUUACAUGGAUGUUGAAGGUUUGAAGAAAAUGAACAAGAACAAGAAGCUGGUAAAAAAGCUUGCUAAGAAGUACCAUGCUUUUCUUGCAUCUGAAGCUGUCAUCAAGCAGAUUCCAAGGCUUCUUGGUCCAGGACUUAACAAGGCUGGAAAGUUUCCAACGCUUGUUACACAUCAGGAGUCUCUGGAGGCAAAAGUAAAUGAAACCAAAGCUAUGGUCAAGUUCCAACUUAAGAAGGUCCUCUGCAUGGGAGUUGCUGUUGGAAAUUGUGCCAUGGAGGAGAAGCAGAUUAUUCAGAAUGUGCAACUGAGUGUCAACUUCCUCGUAUCACUCUUGAAGAAAAAUUGGCAAAACGUGAGAUGCCUGUACCUGAAGAGUACGAUGGGAAGGGCGAUAAGAGUUUUCUGAGUUUGGCAUAUCUGGUUUUACCUGGUUCUUGCAGUUCCCGAGUUACUCGUAGUGAGGCACAGAACUUGCAUUUGCACUCUCUACCCAUUUUCGUGUUCCACAAGUGAUAGGGCCAAUCUGUCUUUUCUUGUCUAUUUAAAUAGUUUUGCUUCGAGACAUGACAUUCAGCAGAGUUGUUCUUUUUAAACUCGUCGGACAAGGCAUGAUAUGUGCAAAUACAGAUAUUGCUAGAGAUUGGAGUUUUGGAGUAAAUCUUAGGUACAUCUUGCCCUUCUCUUCA